AUGUCCAGUUUUUCCAGAUCGGCCCAGCAGUGGGCCACCUUCGCUCGCUCCUGGUUCCUGAUCGACGCCCGGAUGCAGCCUCCGGGGAAAAUCGCUGCCAUGUGUUCGAUCCGACUGCAGGGAAAACACAAACCCAUCUACCACGCACUGAGUGACUGUGGGGACCAUGUGGUGAUCGUGAACAGCAAAGAGAUCGCUUUCUCCGGAAACAAGUGGGAGCAGAAGGUCUACUCCUCCCACACAGGAUACCCCGGAGGCUUCAAACAGGUCACAGCGGCACAACUGCACCAGAAGGACCCCAAAGCUAUCAUGAAGUUGUGCGUUUAUGGAAUGUUGCCAAAGAACCUGCACAGACGAACCAUGAUGCAGCGGCUACACAUCUUCGCAGACGACGUUUUACCGGACGAAAUCGCUCAAAACCUGACGGAAGAACUGCCCCAGCCCCGAGAAAUCCCCCGCACUCUGAGGGAGUACAGCGCGGCGGAGAUAGAGGCUUUCCCACGACUCUGGAACCCGUGA